UCAUUCGUGUGUUGACUUGCGUGAGUAAUCGAGAUGAACAGGCCGCGGAAAGAUAAGAGGAGAUGAAUGAAGCUACGAAGAGGAAAGGAGGAGAACUGUUUUGGAGAUUUUUUGACAGUUCAACAACUGGAAACUAACCUAUUUCGAACUUUGAGUGAAGUGAAUUGAGUGCUGCUUUUUCAUCGAAUUUGUGCUUGUGAGCUUAUAGGUGUUUCGCAAUCGCAAUCUGUUUUAUUUUGUGGUGUUCGUCAGUGAAAAGAUGUGCUGCAUCAGUGCAUCGUGCGUUUUCUACUCUGCUUUCGUUCUAUCCCAGUAACUCAUUGAAAUCCUGUAGGUACCGUUGUUCGAAGACUGAAUUUAUGGUCUGAUAAUUCCGAAGUUCAUCCCAUUGCAGUCGGUAAAGAAAGUUCAACUUACAGCUUUAAUGAAACGACGUAGCUGACCAGAAUUCCUCUUUUAACAACCCACCAGGCUGUCUUCAAAAUGGGUAGUAGCUGUGAAAGCUGUAUGACCAGGAUGCCUUAUGCAACGUUAAUUGCGACAAUUAUGUGCCUCACCGGGGUUGGUGUGUUCUGUGGGACAAUUUACCGUGGAGCCACUUUAAGUUAUCAGAUGUUGGAGCAAGUCUUCUACAUACAGUCAUCUUGGAUUGAACCUCUCAAACUCACAUUAAUGGGCAUCAGCGGUUUCAUGGGUGCAGUCGGACUGAUGAUCCUUUUCGUUGGAUGCCUUGCUACCGGUGCUACGAGGCAAAAGGUGUACCGUGCCUGGGGAGCUCGUGUUGGUGGUCGAAUAUCAUGCGCAGUUUUUAUGAGCAUAUCAUACAUACUACAAAUCGUCUGGUUGCUAAUAUUCAUUUUUCUGGUAAUUAUUACUCUGGUCUUCACUGUAUUUGUGAAGAUGUGUUCAAGUCAUCGAGUUCAGAAUCAUGAGUGCUUGAGCUUCCGACAGUUCGAUUUCUUCUUCCCUGAUGGACAACGACCAGAGCACAUGGAAGUGUGUGAUCAUAAAACGAAGGAAUUCUGCAAGGAUUAUGUAGAGAAAGCUGAAAUUAUGUUUGUCUUAUCUUUAAUUGCGUGCUUCUUCAUAAUUUUAAGUUUGAUCCACUACUUAAUGUGCCUUUCCGCCAAUUACGCCCACAUCAGAGAUCACGAAAAAUUCCAAGACCUGCAAGAACUCAAGUACCUGCAAGGCUCGGAUCCCUCAAUUCACUCGCGGGGUCGAUACUAGGAUACGGCACAAGAAAUCUUCAGGGAACUGACCUUGCCGCCGACGAUGUUUCCAUUUCACUAGGAGUUGUCGCGCAACAUCGAAAAUUUUAGUCACAUUCCUUCACAACCCUCCGUCAUGUUUAGGAGGAUUUAGGCUGAGAAACUUUUUUGUUUUAAUGUAACUAAUCAGUUUACAUUCUACUCAUGAAACUAACCCUCGGUGUGUAAAAAUGGUGUGAUUCCGCCCCAACAUUUGAGUGCACUACAUUGUUUGUGAAUAGAUCAUUGCAGCAUAUAAACGUCACAGAAAUUAAUAUAUGGCAGGUCCGAAGUUGUAAUCAAAUUUUUUCAUAUUCCUCCUUUUGAUGGCUUUUUUUACUGGAAGAUUUCAGUAGAUGUUAUUUUAUAGUUUCCAUUGCAUCUUUCGAAAAUGGUGAGAUGGAUUUCAAAGCUUUAAAAAAUGUGUGCUGAUGUUCCUUUGUUUAAGUUCAAUUUUUUUGCGAAAAAGAAGAUGUUGGAAAAAGUGCCACCCUUUUUGCACCUUGAGGUAUCAAUAACAUUGGAGAAUCUAUAAGUAUUCUUCCUUGGCUUUGACAAAUGUAAAAUUCAGAUCCAACUGGUAUGAAUUGAGAAUUUUUUCUUCACAUAUUGAUCUCAAUUGUCAUUUUUUACAGGAUCUAGCUCCUGUCUCUUAUUUGUCCUGGGCACAUGGAAUUUUUAUCUCUUGUUAAGACUUUUCAGAUUUUUAUUUAUUAGAAUAGAUAUUGUGUCUUAAAUUUUUAAUAUCUGACUCCGUCCAAGUUGUGUUCAGACCACACUGACUACUUAAAAAUUCCGUCCUCACUUUUAAGCCUUUAAUUGAAUCGCUGAGUUCACCGAUGAUCCGAUUUCGAAUAUUUGAAUUAAUGUAGAAAAGUGGUUUCUAGGGUCAGGUGUAACUUUUAUUUUAUUUUUAACCUCUCAUGAAUUUAACAUUGGUGAAUUUCAGUCAGUUCGAAAACAACUCAUCUCUGGAGCUUUCAUCUGUCAUAUUUUUAAAACAAAAAAAAGCAGGAACAUUGGCCUUUGAGUCUUUCAAAACGCCUGUAACAUACACCAUAAAUAUUUUCGAAUUAUUGAAAGUUAUCAGUUCUAAUCAGUUUUUUCUCUGAAUUCCAUUUUUUUACGUACAGAGGUAGGUGGUUUUUUAACUGAAUGAUUCAAUUGUUUAUCUCUUAAGAAAUGGAGAAUUUGACAGAAAAACAUUGAGUGUGCAAUUGUAGAGCAAAGAAUGGAAGCAAUUGGAUCCUGUCCUUGCUAUAAUUGUGAAUUACCGCCAUUAGAUCUGAUCAAUUGUUUUUAAAUAUUAUUUAAUUAUUGUCGAUCUCAAACAAAAAUCAACGGCAGACAUCCAAGAUAGAUUAUUGUUGAUCGUUGUCUGUUGGUUGACAAUCGCAUCCAAUGUUCCCUUUCAAAAACGUAGAUUAAAUAAAAAAAAGUUGAUGCUUUAGUAGCCAACAAGAUAAAAACUCCGUUGUUAGAGAGGAUUCCAUUUUCAGCACUGCAAAAUAGGUUGGCAUCAUACAUCACAUUUACGCGCUAAAAUUUGCUUUGAAUGUACGCUCCAUGUUUUUCUAUUUUCUUCCGAAAAGUCCUAGAUUGUCCGAAUAGUGUUCAUUUUAUUACUUCUCAAUCGACAAGAAAAAUCUAUGGCGACUUCAGUCUUUCACGCUAAGUUAAACAUUAACUUUUAUUAAUGCUAAUUCUACUUUACACGAAGUUUUCAUAUGAGAGCUCUCAGCAUGCUUUAUUUUCGCCGGAAGAAGUAUUUUUCUCAAACUUUGCUUAGCUCUCAGUUCAAGUUUAAAGUGUAGACAUUUUUUGGUGAUAAUGCAACACUAUCUUUCGAAAGCCGUUUUUGUUUGUAAUUUUUUUUGCAAGGAAAUAGCACAAACUGCCUUUUUUAUCUUUUAAAAGUACGAAAGCCUCAAGGGUACUCUUUUUUGUGACUGCAAUGCUUUACGCUCAAUCCCCUCAGGGACCGAAUUUUGCCGGGAAUACUUAGCACUCAAAUAUUCUCAUGAUGAGUAACGAUAACUGUCCAAGGGCCUCUGUCAGCAGCGCAGUUUCAGCUCAUGAACAAAAGUUAGAUUUCAGUGCAAAAGUGCCGACAUAAUUCGGUCCCCGAACGAAUUCAAUACUCAGAUCCAUGAAGAUUUCUUGUGGUGCCGCCUUUUAUUUUUCAGCUAUUACAUUUACUGACUCUUUUUUUCACUUUCUAGGUUAAUAUUAAGUCAGCGCACCAAAAAUAUUAUGUUUUUAUUUUUUAUAGUCGCAAUCAGAAUAUUUAUUUGUUCCUGUAAAUUUAAUACUUGCUUUUGAAUAUUUGCUUCUAUUUUUGACUGCUCUCCUGAACCGUAACUUGUUCUCAAUGUAAAGUACGAGCUUUGUUUUUUAUUUUCACAAAACUACAAGCAGCAAAUUAAAAAUAUGCCACUGUCCUCAGGAAGAGGGACUUUCCUUUGUGGAAGCGCAUUUUUAAUGAGGAAUUUUUUUCCUAGCUGAAUCAAAUAGUUGGGAUGUAAGUUUCAAAUGAAAAACCCUUCAAUAUCUCUGAGUGGAAGCUAUCAAAAAUUCAGUUCAUUUUUGCGCCUCAAGAGAGCAUUUAUUUCAAAUUUGACUUGACAAUCUUAAAGUUCCGAACAUGUCAAAAUGCAUCUUUUAAUGGAUUUUGCCCAGAGCUACGUCUUUUGAACAGCUUCAACCUCAUUUAGUUCAAGAGUAUUUCUGUAUUUUGAGGCUUAAGUGUUGUAAUAGUUGUGAAAAACGUCCCAUAGUAGUGCUAAUUGUAUUCAAUUUUGAAAUUUCCAUACUAAUGUCCUUUUUCCUGUGGAUAGUAGCACUUAGUUUCACAACUGGUGCCACUAAUUAAUCGCUUCUCAAUGGAGCUAAAAAGAUAUCGUAGCUCUUAGAAGGAUGGCUGGAAAAAUACAUUCGUAUAUUGGACUUUUCAAACAUAAGUUAGAAGUCAAAAACUAUUCUGUAUUUCUUCUUAGUGUCUCAUACUUUUGUAUAUAUCGCUUCUGCAUGAAAAAUAUUGCAUUACGAUUGUAUUGCAAUCAAAAUACGUUCUUUUUAUAUUGUAUUAUUUUAGAUUUUUCAUUGUCUGUUGUCCGCUCUUUUGUUAUGGUAGUACUAUGAGGUACCCUUUCCAGUGUUCUAACUUCACCUAAAAAUUUUUAAAACCACUUAGCAAGGAAGCUUAACUUUUAGGUUCCAUCUACAGUAUAUAAGGAGGAAAAUCAUCAUGCAUUAAUCUUUGGCAAUAAAGAUUUUUGAUGAUAAAUACAUAUCGACGGUGUAAGUCGGCAAUCACAUAACUCGGUUUACGAUGUCGCAGACUUCCUGUCAUACUUUAUUUUUUAAACAGAAAACUACUCAACGGCAAUUCUUUAAAACUGCCGUGAUUUUUCUUCAAACUUCAAGGAAUGAUGUCAAUUUGAUUUCUUUUAAAAAAAUAACAUUGAGGCGGAGAUUUUCAGACGCCGCAAACGAGUUAUGUGAUUGCCAACUUACACCGUCGAUAUAUGCUUUAGUCGGUGCAGCACCUCCUACGUUUAAGCACAAUUAACACAUGGUGAAGUGAGAACACUACCAUACAUACGUACAAUCAGUCUGUGUUCUUUUUUUCUUAUCUUUUUUUUUACAUUCGGCGAACUGUGCACCGAUUAUUCCCAACUCAUACGUUUUUUUCACUAAGUUUGCAAGUUACGCAAUAAGAUGGUAGUCAAAGUUGUAUGGAUGCUUCAACAAGGCACCUUUUUUCUUUAGUAUUAGACAUAAUAUAAGGUUGCUGAGUCAACAAGUUGUUAUUAGACGGUAACGAAGGCUUUAUUUUUGUAAAACUUGAAAAUUUGACUUUAUCCUUGAGGUGUAUUUAAACGAAAAAUUAGCGAUCAUCACCAGAAACGGAAUGUUUGAAUUUUUAUUGUUGUGAGGGGUUGUAAAGAAUAUGGCACAAUUUUUAUUUUUUAUACAUUGACCUAUUGUAAUGGUAAUAAAAAAUCCAGUUAAAAAA